AUGUCCGCCCGCCUCCUUCAUCCGGAUGAGUAUGAGCUCGAAGUUCGAUCAUCAAUCGACUCUCAGGGGACCUUCAAUCUCGACGAAGCGGACUUUGAGUCCCAGGUCCCGCCGAGACCUCGACGACUCUUGCGCAGAGUACCCUUGCUUUCGAGGCUUUUUGCUUCCACAUACUCCGGCUAUCGUCGUCUAAAACCUUCCCGGCCCUUGUUCUUGACCUCCUCCCGACCCGGCUGUUAUCGCCGCCUCCUGCUUCGUCGGUCCUGCUUCUACCUCCAUGCCGUCGCAGGGAUCAUUCUUGCCCUUGUCAUUCUGACGUCGAUUUUUCGGCCGUCUUACACUCGCCCACCCUCCCAUUAUUCGACACUUGAAGAUGCCAUAUCGCAGUCAAAGAUCUCGGGCAGAGGCAACGUUCGGAACGAGAGAGUUUUCAUUGCGGCUAGCUUAUAUGAUCGGGAUGGGGAACUAGCGCGAGGACCAUGGGGCUCCGGGAUACUCGAGUUGAUCGAUAUUCUCGGGGAGGAUAAUGUCUUCUUGAGUAUCUAUGAAAACGACAGCGGACCGGAGGGAAAGAACGCGCUGCAGGAGCUGGAGGGACAAGUGCCCUGUAACAAGUCAAUUGUGUUUGAAGAACAUCUGGAUCUGGAUAGGCUACCGCGUGUGUCGGUUCCAGGCGGAUCGAAGCGUAUAGUUCGGGUCGAAUACUUGGCUGAGGUCCGGAACCGAGCCCUACGGCCGUUGGACGAUAACCCCGAAAUCCGCUAUGAUAAACUUCUUGUUUUGAAUGACAUCAUCUUUGACCCUAUUGAUAUAGCUCAGCUUCUGUUCUCGACGAACGUGGGAGAUGAUGGCAUUGCUCAUUACCGGGCCGUUUGCGCCACCGAUUUCGACAAUCCGUUCAAGUUCUAUGACACCUACGCCACGCGGGACCUCCAGGGGUACAGCAUGGGUCUGCCUUUCUUCCCUUGGUUUACCACUUCCGGGGAAGGAACAAGUCGUCAGGAUGUGCUCGCAGGGAAAGAUGCUGUCCGGGUCCGAAGCUGCUGGGGAGGCGCGGUGGCAUUUGAUGCGCGGUAUUUCCAGCACGCGACGAAGCCCACGGAGCAGGUGAAUAGCCAUGAAGACCUUCCGGUCCGAUUCCGUGCUUCGCAGGAUAUGUUUUGGGAAGCCUCGGAGUGCUGCCUCAUCCACGCUGAUAUCCAACAACCUCACCUGAAUGCGAAUGAGAUCACCGACUCGGGGAUUUACCUGAAUCCAUUUGUGCGUGUGGCUUACGACUCCCGCACGCUUUCCUGGCUAGGAACGACCCGUCGGUUUGAGAAACUCUACAGUCUCAUCCACAAUAUUGGCAACCACCUCAUCGGCCUCCCCUGGGUCAACCCUCGCCGGACGGAAAUUCCUGGCCAACGGGUCGAGCGGACCAUCUGGGUGCCCGAUAACAACGAGGAAAAUGGCGGGUCUUUUCGGAUGGUCGAACAGAUUGUCGACCGGGGCAGCUAUUGUGAACGACCAGGGCUUCAGGUGAUUGUCGAGAAUCGCGAAGAAGGACAGAAAGGGUGGGAGCUGAUCCCACUGCCAAGUUGA